AUUUAAAAUUAUUCCUAUGGCUGGAGGAAACUGGACAAGAAUAAGUGACUUUAUCCUCAUGAGCUUUUCCUCCCUACCUACUGAAAUACAGUCCUUGCUCUUCCUGGUAUUUCUCAUCAUCUACCUGGUCACCCUGAUGGGAAACAACCUCAUCAUUCUGGUUACCUUGGCUGACCCCAUGCUGCACAGCCCCAUGUACUUCUUUCUCAGGAACUUGUCCUUCUUGGAGGUUGGCCUCAACCUAGUCAUUGUACCUAAAAUGUUAAGAACCCUGCUUUCCCAGGACACAACCAUCUCCUUCCUGGGCUGCGCCACUCAGAUGUAUUUCUCCUUCUUCUUUGGAGUGGAUGAAUGCUUCCUCUUGGCCACCAUGGCAUACGACCGCUAUGUAGCCAUCUGCAGUCCCUUGCAUUACCCAGUCCUCAUGAACCAGAGGACAUGCACCAAACUGGCUGUAGCCUCCUGGUUUCCAGGAUUUCCUGUAGCCACUGUGCAGACCACGUGGCUCUUCAGUUUCCCAUUCUGUGCCACCAACAAAGUGAACCACUUCUUCUGUGACAGCCCACCUGUUCUGAAGCUGGUCUGUGCAGACACGGCGCUCUUUGAGAUCUAUGCCAUUGUUGGAACCAUUCUGGUGGUCAUGAUACCCUGCUUGCUGAUCCUAUGCUCCUACUCACGCAUCGCUGCUGCCAUCCUCAAGAUUCCAUCAGCUAGAGGGAAGCGUAAGGCUUUCUCCACCUGCUCUUCCCAUCUCCUUGUGGUCUCCCUUUUCUAUGUAUCUUUAAGCCUUACAUAUUUCCGGCCCAAAUCAAAUAAUUCUCCUGAGAGCAAGAAAUUAUUAUCAUUGUCCUACACUGUUGUGACUCCCAUGUUGAACCCCAUCAUCUACAGCCUGAGGAAUAAUGAGGUGAAGAAUGCCCUCAGCCGGACCUUCCACAAGGUCCUUGCCCUUAGAAUCCAUAUCCUAUAGACAUUAAGACGUA